UCGGAAUACCCAUAGAUGUCUGCCGUCAACCGCGAUCGGAGAAUGCCAGCAAAAUGUACAAUUCAAAAGUCCACGAAACCUGUCAUCGAUUACAUUUUGUUCGUUUCUCUGAGCGGGACCGCUAGAAAAAAAAUAUGGAUAUACUAUCAUUGAACCAUCCAACUUUGAUUUCAAUAGUCCUCGCAUUCAUCCUCUGCUAUGUUUUGAAGCGGGCAUAUCCAAACCCAUAUCCAGGUAUCCCAUACAAUGCUGCCUCAGCAAGAAAGUUCUGGGGAGACUCGUCGGGGCUGCUCAACGCUGUCAAGAUAACCCAGGACCCAGCGAAAUUCAUCUUCCAGCAGAGCAGGAAGCUCAACUCGCCCGUGAUUCAGCUCUUUCUCGCGCCCUUUUCAAAUCCCACAAUCAUCAUUGAUGACGUUCGCGAGGUCAAAGAUAUUCUCAGCAACCGCACGCACGAAUUCGAUCGCGCUCCCAGAACACAAGAUGCUUAUCGCUCUCUUCUUCCGCAUUGCAGUUUGGUCAAAGCAACGGGGCCCGCAUUCAAACACCAGAGACGCUUUUGGGAGGGCGUUACCGGCACGCCUUUCCUACGACGCGUCGCUGAGCCCAAGGUGUACCGAUGCGCCCUGGGGCUAAUCGACCUACUCAGAGCUCAGGCCAAAAUGGCCGGUGGUCGACCAUUUUACUGCUUCGACGACUUCGAUGUAGCAGCGUUCGAGCUGAUAUGGGAACUGGUAUUCGGGACCAAUGUCGACGCCAUCAAGAAUGCAUGCAACAAGGCCCUCUGCGCAGCCUCAGACACGGUCCAACCGCCAUCACUGGACUCGCCGGCUCGAAUUCCAGUCAUUCAGAAGCCUGAUAUGUGCGAGGCCGUGUCAUUCUUUAUAAGCACAGUGGCAGAGUCGCUGAAGUCAGUCUUCCAGAAGUGGCACCUUUGGUAUCUCAGACAGCAACCCGUCUACAAGCGGAAAUUAGCUUUCAAAAACAGCACCAUUGACGGACUUAUUGAAAGCACCCGCUCGAAGUUAGCAGGGAUAUCCGAGCGUCAACUGAUGGAGCUUGAAGAGAGCUCUGCCGUGGUCACUGGUGUACGGCGUCAGCUCUUGGCCCACAUACGUCAGGGACAGCCCGUCAACGUCCCAUUUUCGGCAUCAAUUCAAGCUGAGGUUCAUGAUGAGCUGUUCAUGAUUCUGGUCGCUGGACACGAGACAAAGGCUGUUCUCCUCUCCUGGUCUGUAAAAUUUCUGAUCGCCAAUCCCGAGAAGCAAGAAAAACUACGAAGGGCCCUUGUUGAUGCUUUGCCUAAAGGUUCCAAUGGAGAGCAACCUUCAGUGAAAGCUAUCAUGAGCACGUCGAUCCCGUAUCUCGAAGCAUACAUGGAGGAAUCCAUCCGAGCGGCGAACACGUCUCCUCGUCUCGUUCGGACAACUACCACCGAUACCCAGGUGCUCGGAUACUCAAUCCCCAAGGGCGUUACCGUAAUUCUCAACCCUUAUAUCGGUACAAAGCCCCUCGAUAUCCCUGAGCAUUUGAGAUCCGAGACUUCCCGUAACUCCAAGGGUAACUUCGAAUCAUACUGGGAUGUCAACGGCAUGGAUGAUUUCCAGCCAGAGCGGUGGCUUGCAGAAGACGGUUCCUUUAACCCCCGUCAAUUUCCACGUCUGGGAUUCUCUGCAGGUCCGCGGAUGUGCUAUGGCAGAAAUCUCGCGUUGAUGGAAUUUCGCGUAAACCUCGUGCUCCUGGUCUUGAACUUCAAGUUCGAGUCUCUUCCCAAAGACCUAGGCAGCAUGGAGUCUCAACAGCGACUUUUCCGAAUGCCACGACAGUGCUACGUCAGGCUCAGUCCUCUUUGAACUCGGACUGGCUUUCUCAAGUGGGCUCGAUUUUGGUGCUCAGAAAUCUCAAUAGAACACUAACAAGCUCCUUCGUUGCUUUGGUGUUUCGCGGGAGAUUUCCAAGCUUGAGGUGCCAAGGCAAGCUCUAGAUUUACAUGAAGUCAGAUGCCGCUAUAUCGUGUCUACUACCGAUAUCAAAUGAUUUUAAAGGCAGCAAGACCAGCUCAUCAGCCAUCGUGAUCCAGGCGGUGCUUCCACUUCGAUAACAGUAUCUAUAGCAACCCACACGAAAGCGCGGCCUUUCUCUUUAUGAAUCUUGAUAGUAGUCUAUAUGUAUGAGCAUGUAUGAGCAUGUAUUCUACCGCGGCGAGUCCUUGCAGAGAAACAUGCGACUUUUUUGUCCCAGUGAG